AUGGAGAAGUACGUGCCAAAGUUGUGUUUACUGGGGAAUGCCUCUGUCGGGAAGUCUUGUUUAAUAGACCGACUUGUCAAAGGAACAUUCAGUGAUGAAGUACAUUCAACAGUGAGUUGCAACUACGUCAAACGGACAUUCAUUGUGAAUGGGAUAGUCCAAGACGUUUCGAUAUGGGAUACAGCAGGACAAGAGAAAUAUCGAAGCAUCUCUGAAAUGUAUUACCGCGGAAGCGCAGGUGCGUUGGUAGUGUUUGAUGUGACUGAUACAAAGUCCUUUGACAGUCUUAAACGGUGGUUCAAUGAACUCAAAAAUGUCUCUCCGAAAUGUGAAGUCUUGUUAGUUGGAAACAAGAUAGACCUUGACACCGAGAGACAGAUCACAACACAGAUGGCGGAAAGUUUUGCUCGUGAUCAUUUAUGUGAAUAUUGUGAAGUUUCUGCUAAAACUGGUAAACGAGUUGUUGAAACGUUUGAAAAAAUUGUAUUAAAAAUUGCAAAAACAAAGAAGGCGAUAGCGGAGCCUGGUGUAGUGAGCAUCAACAAAACGAGUUCUUGUUGUUGA